AUGAUGAAGGUGGGUCGCUCGCUGUCACAGCUUGUAGAUAACAAGCGGACCCAAGAGUCCAAGACUAGGAGAAGUGUUGGAGGAAGAGGUGGAACGCAGGCUUAUCGUGAAAAAUCAUUUCUUUCUUUUGAAAUACAGGGCAUUCGAAAGUCGCUCAAGGGCGACAAGACAGAUACGUACUCAGGUCCGAAAGCGUCGCACCUAUCUAUUGCACCAAAGGCCGCCAUCACCAUCCAGCCCCCUAAAAAAGUUGGUUUCUCCCUUCAAUACAGGGUAUAUUUGUUUCUUAAACCAUCAUCACCGUCACCCGCCGAGUUGAAGGGAAUGGGAGAGAAGAGAAUAUAUCUUUCUAAUCUUGUUUUGUGUAUUUGGAGGGGAAUGGAAAAAUUCUCAAAAGGUGAAAACAGGGGCUAAUUGGAAUUCGUUGUGUAACGCAGGUGAUUCGGGCAUUGUUCGACUACACGGCGGCAAGUGAUCUGGAAUUAAGCUUCUCCAAGGGUGACUUCUUCCACGUUAUAGGAAGAGAGGACGACCCCGAAUGGUACGAAGCAUGCAAUCCGGCUUCGAAUGCGAGGGGAUUGGUCCCGGCCACUUACUUUCAAACGCUGGGCAAGAGCGGGCGCGGUAGUCAGGAUUCCGCGGCUUCUGGUGCCAGUGACAUUCUAAGGACCGACUCCGGGUACUCUGAUCGGGGCGCGACCGCUGGAUCGCAAGAGCAUGUCACUUCUUCUUCCGGUGGUACCGAGAGGCCGAGAGCUAUGAGUACAUCUGGGAAAUCUGGCAGUCCGCUCUAUGGUGUCGUGCAGUAUGACUUUGCCGCUGAGAGGGCUGACGAAUUGGAAGCAAAGGCGGGUGAGGCAAUUAUAGUGGUUGCACAAUCUGAUAAGGACUGGUUUGUCGCGAAGCCGAUCGGCAGGCUCGGCGGCCCUGGCUUGAUUCCGGUAGAUUUCAUUGAGAUUAGGGAUAUGGUUACCGGUCAAAUCGUGGAAGACACCCAGGCUGCGAUCGCGCGUGCUGGCGUACCAAAGGUAGAGGAAUGGAAGAGGAUGGCUGCCGAGUAUAAAAAUAGUAGCAUUUCACUCGGCAAAUUCGACUUUGAUGCACAGACGGCGCAAGCCCAGGGACAGAUGCAGAACAUGUCGAUGGGUGACAGUCAGAAUAGACAUGUACGUUGUCUUGCAUCCAUCACUUUAUGCUUUGUUUGAUCUGCCGCUGACCGUUUUUUUUAUUAGACGCUCCAGGGGUAUUCCAAUGGUGGCGGUCCUUCGGAUCAAUACCGCCACUCGAGAUCGUCCUCGCAGGGCCAAUAUUUGGCACCUGUGGCUGCAUCGGUCGACAGCUACUCUUUCGAGCAUGGUCGGUACUGGUACGUACUCAAUGCGACAAUGGAGGAUGGUAGAAGUUGGAUCCUAUGCCGGUUCUAUGAGGAUUUCUACGACUUUCAAAUUUCUCUGCUGGAUGAAUUCAAGGAUGAGGCCGGUCACACUGGACAACCCCGCUCUUUACCUUACAUGCCGGGACCCGUAACGUACGUCACCGACACCAUUUCUGCCGCUAGGAGACAAAGUUUGGAUGAAUACAUCAAAAAAUUGUUGGCCAUGCCCACCUAUAUAUCCAGGAGCAAGCUGGUAAAGCAACUGUUCGCGCCUCGACCUGGAGAUAUGGAAACAACCGGUUACAGACAAUCGCAGGCUUCCCUCCACGAUAACAGACGUUCCACUGCAUCGCAACAGUCUAGUGACUCGUCGAGGGAACCGUCAAGACAGUCUUCGCAACAUAAUCUUAAUGGGGCUAAUGGUGGGAAUGGAUACCCUGGCUUAUCGGCGCCCCCUCCGCGGAGCUCCGGACAACAGCCCCGAAUGGCAGGACCCAACGGUAUCUCUCAAGCCCAGCAGGUUCACAUUCGUUCGACCUCCGAUCUACAACCCCCACGCAUGCUUCGACAGGAUAGUUCAAUGAGCGCUGCAACCCAAGGAUCAAACUCUUCGCAGCCGGGGCAGUUCAUGAAGGUUAAGAUUACCUGCGGUGACGACCUGAUUGCGAUCCGCCUGCCAAAGGACGUGUCUUAUGUUCAGUUGCAAGAGAAGCUUCAGGAACGAUUAGGAGCGGAUAUCAGUUCUGUCCGAUAUAAAGACGAGCCUUCGGGAACAUAUGUCGAGCUGUCGAACGAUAACGAUUUGGCUGUUGCACUGAGCCGGAAUCCGAAACUUUGGCUGCACGUUCAAAGAUAAGAAAGACAGAGUCUAAUCUUUUUCUUUGUCUUCUCUCUCUCUCUCUCUCUUCUUUCUUUCCUUCUGGUAGUUUUCUUUACUUCCACUUCUAUACCAUUAUCAUUCAUACCUGAGCCUGGAGUUUUUUUCUUUCCUUCUGUUACUUUUACAGCUCAUCCUAACAUAGCUUGAAUGUGUCCAAAACCUUUUAACUCUUUCAUUUGUCACGGGUCUAGGGGUGGUUUUUGUGGAGCUGCGAAAUAGCUAUUGGGAGAGAGGGAUGGAGUCAAUCAUGUCGAGAAUCUAGCUUUACUUUUCUACUGGCCGACAUACUUUGCAUUCCCUGUUACCUCCCCCUCCUUUUUUCUUCUGUCCCUCUCUACCUAUUUUUCUUGAUAUUUCCUUCCAGUGCGUGUGUCUGUGUGCUCCUGAGUGUUCCCGUCAUCUGUGAGGCUAUAACGUGUGAUACGAAGUUGGGAUUUUUUCAGUUUUUUUGGGGGGGGGGGGCUGGGGUAGGGUGGAUGAAUAGUUGUCUUCGACCGUUUCAAACCGGGACCGGGAACACCUCAUCGGUAGAUGGUGAAGUAAGUUCUCCGCGUUGGCAGACCACUUUUUGAAGAUGGGGAGGCUAUGGCUGCGGCACGUGCUGUGGUAUCCUGCUGUAGAUUGAUGGAUCUGGUUUGUGGAGUAGGGGUGGGAGGAAUGGAGGAGGAGGGAGGGGUUGUUGCUGUCAUGAAUGCUUUGCUUUCUAUUUUACUGGAUGCGUAUGAUUGUCUGACUGUCUUGGAGUUGGAGCCGUGGGUGGUGGGGGAUUUGGUCGUCCAUGUCAGUCAUCUCCAUGGCAGGAACUUUUGGGAUUUUUCUUUCUUCCUUUCUUAUAUCUUUUGUUUCCCCUUGUAUGCCCAUUGCUAGCUAUAGUUUGUCGGUUGGCUGGAUAUCACCAUUGCUUCUUUUUUUUCUUUUUUUUCUCGAUUGAUUAGUUCCUCUCAAUCCCCCCUCCAUCCUACCCACGUACUGUACAGUGCUGUACAGGUCAACGAAUGAGUGCACGCGGAAGGAUAAUUUUCUUAAUAUGAUAUAAAAAACAAAAAACAGGAUUUCCUUUCAUCCCCUUAGCUCUUGGUAGGCAGUCCUAGCAUGUGGGUUAGGAGUUGCGUAACCUUUCUUAACCAUCAACUUACCACCCUUUCUUUUUUCAAAUUUUUUUUCUUCUCUAAUUUCUGUGUAAAUUCUAUCACCUUUUUGUUGUUUCCUUUUUCCUUUCCUUGUUGAGGAAAAGUUAGCUAUUGUUGAUAUCAUGGUUUUACCUGGCUUGGAUGGGAUAGGACGUGUGGGCGUGCGCUUUUUUUAUUUUUCUUAUAUCAGCCCGGCUUGUAGAUUAUAUUUAUCCAUUACGGGUCUAUGAUAGUGCAGUUGCAGUACAGUACGAUAUUCG